AUGUCCGCAAUAAGUUUAUUAAACCCUAAAGCUGAAUUUGCCAGAGCAGCGCAAGCUUUAGCAGUAAAUAUCAGCGCUGCGAAAGGUAUUCAAGAUGUGAUGAAAACUAACCUCGGUCCUAAGGGUACAAUGAAAAUGUUGGUAUCCGGUGCGGGUGACAUUAAAAUCACUAAAGAUGGUAACGUGCUAUUACAUGAAAUGCAGAUUCAACAUCCUACUGCCUCCCUUAUAGCUCGCGCUUCCACAGCUCAGGACGACGCAACAGGCGAUGGAACUACUUCUACUGUAUUAUUGAUAGGAGAGCUGCUGAAGCAGGCUGAUAUUUACAUUAGCGAAGGUUUACAUCCAAGGAUUAUCACAGAAGGUUUUGAUGUAGCUCGUACUAAAGCUCUUGAAGUUUUAGAAUCACUUAAAAUUCCUAUUGAUAUUAAUAGGGAAAAUCUGAUUGAUAUUGCUAGAACUUCCCUUAAAACUAAGGUGCAUUCUAGUUUAGCUGAUGUGUUAACUGAUGCUUGUGUGGAUGCAGUACUUGCGAUCCGUACACCGGGAAAGCCUGUUGAUUUGCACAUGGUUGAACUGAUGGAAAUGCAACAUAAAACUGCAACUGAAACAACUCUUAUUAAAGGUAUUGUGAUGGACCAUGGUGCCCGUCACCCUGAUAUGCCGAAACGUGUGGAGAAUGCUUAUAUACUUACAUGCAAUGUGUCCCUUGAAUAUGAAAAAACAGAAGUAAAUUCAGGUUUCUUCUAUAAAUCAGCUGAGGACAGAGAGAAGCUGGUUGCUGCUGAAAGGGAUUUUAUUGACCAAAGAGUAAAAAAGAUUAUUGCCUUGAAGAAGAAGGUGUGUGAUGGAACAAAUAAGUCAUUUGUAGUAAUAAAUCAGAAGGGAGUGGACCCUUUGUCACUGGAUGCUUUUGCAAAAGAAGGCAUUAUUGCUCUGCGUAGAGCUAAGAGGCGCAACAUGGAGCGUUUGGCUCUCGCUUGUGGUGGUACUGCCAUGAACUCUGUUGAAGAGCUCAAUGAAGAAUGCCUAGGGUAUGCUGGGGUGGUGUAUGAACAUAUUCUUGGAGAAGAGAAGUAUACUUUUGUCGAGGAAUGCAAAAAUCCUCAAUCAGUAACCAUCCUUAUGAAGGGCCCCAAUAAGCACACACUUCUUCAAAUCAAAGAUGCUGUCCGUGACGGUCUCAGAGCCAUCAACAAUGCAAUUGAAGAUAAAUGUGUGAUUCCUGGUGCGGGUGCUUUUGAAAUCAAGGCUAAUAUGGAACUUCAAAAGUUUAAAGAUACUGUUAAGGGAAAAGCUCGUCUCGGCAUUCAAGCAUAUGCCGAAGCAUUAUUGGUUAUUCCUAAAACCCUUGCAGUUAACUCCGGAUUUGAUGCCCAAGACACAAUUGUGAAACUGCAAGAAGAGUCUCGCUUAAACCCAGACCCAAUUGGCUUAGAUCUCAGUACUGGUGAAGCCUUCAAGCCUACUGACUUAGCAGUCUAUGACAAUUACAUUGUUAAAAAACAAAUCCUGAACUCCUGCUCCGUCAUUGCUAGCAACCUCCUUCUUGUGGAUGAAAUAAUGAGAGCCGGAAUGUCCAGCCUCAAAGGA